AUGAUGUCUCGUGUGUUGUGUUUUCUCGCUUUGCUGUUGAGUGUUGUCUCUUUGUGUGUGACAGCUGUGGCAGAUUCUGCGUCUGUUCCUCUUACUACUGGUGGCAAGUGCCCUGAUGGUUACACAACUUCUGCUGAGGGUGAACCUUGUACACCUGCUGGUCCUCCUGUUCCACACCCUCCUCCUUCUCAUGCUGGUGGUGCUUGUCCUGAAGACGAGGCUAAUCCACAGUGCAAGAACAAAAAUCUGGGAUCUGAAGAUGCUCGUCCUUAUGAAUGUACGGAAGUUACAGGGAAAGGCAAAUGUGUAACUAACGCUAGUGGCACUCAAGAGAAAUGCAUUCCUAAUACUGAAUCUACUUGUCCACCAAAGGAACCAGCUCCUCGCGGUGAUCACAGUACUACUGAGGAUGCUGGACCAGGUAGUGAAGCUGGUGCCGCUGCUUCAACCAGUUCGAUUAAAGAAACGAGUCCAGCUAAGAAACCUGAUGAAGUCCAAGCUGAUCGCGCUCCUCCUGCCUCUUCUCCUGCCGCUCCUGCAGCUGCUGAGGAGAGUGGUGUUCCGUCUGUCCGUGAAGGUCAAGAUGAAAGCAGCAACAAUACAGCUGGUGGAACUCCACAAAACAAGGAGAGUACAGGACAACAGCCUUCUUCUUCUUCUACCAAUACAGUCACAGAGAGUGUUGGUAGCUCUGAAACUUCACCUGGGAAUGACAAUACAUCUGCAGAAAGUGAGGCACCAAGUAACCCAGAAGGUGAUGUGGGUAAUACAACCACCACCACCACAACAACAACAGUUCCUCCUGAACUCACAAACAACAAGAAGGGUGAUGCAGACAGCAGCAGCAGUAUCAUCAGUUCUGUAUGGGUGCGUGUACCACUACUGAUUGUGGUUACACUGGCCUGUAUUCUUGUGUGCUGA